AUGGCUCCUUGGAAGGAAUAUUUAAAGACUAUUUAUUACGAUCCAUCAAACGCAGCUAGUUUUGCCGGUCCCCAGAAAUUAUACAAAGCGGUACAAAGAGAGGGUAAAUACAAACUAGGCAUGCACAGAAUACGGCAAUUUUUGCAUGACCAAGAAUCGUACAGUCUUCAAAAACCCGUGCGACGGCGCUUUCAAAGAAAUCAUGUUAUAAGCGCGGGGAAAGACGAUUUAUGGAUGGCUGACCUCGUCGAUAUGGUUAAGUUUGAAAAAUGGAACGACGAUUACAAGUAUAUUCUGCUAGUCAUAGAUACGUUCUCCAAGUACGUAUGGCUUCGACCUUUGCGACAGAAAACGGUUGAGGAAGUGACAGAUGCGUUUGCAGACAUAUUUCAAAACUCUGGUCGAGAUCCAGCAAAAUUGAUCACGGAUAAAGGACAAGAGUUUAAAGCAAAACGUGUCCAGGACCUCAUGCGCAAGUUUGACGUGCAUUACUUUCCAACACAGAACGAAACCAAGGCCUCAACAUCGGAGCGAGCAAUUUUAACUAUCAAACAGAAACUCUAUCGCUACUUUAAUCACAAGGACAAUUACAAUUAUAUAUCCGUAUUGCAAAACAUCGCCGAUAGUUACAACAAUACCUAUCAUAGAACCAUUGAUAUGCAACCCGCCGACGUCAAGGAAAAUAACCAGGAAGAAGUGAGACUAGCAACAUACUUUGCACAAAACCCUAAAUGA